ACCGACGAAACGAAAGUGCUGCGCGGCGGCAGCAGCAGGUCGCUGAAGUAAAGGUAGUGAGAGAGACAGGAUCUUCUACCUGGGGGGGCGCGCUCAGUUGCCAGGACGCGGCGCCAGUUGCCAGGCUGAGCGCUCUUAAACGUCCGGCAACUUACUUCCUUCCUCUUUCUUCGCACGAGUGUUUGGUUGCCGAUAUUUGUUCCGUGUAAACAUGGGAAAGAAGAACAGCAAGUUGAAGAAGGAGGUGGUCAACCAGCUGGUGAACGACACUUACUUUACCGAAAAAGAAAUUCGACAAUGGUAUAAAGGGUUCGUGAAAGACUGUCCGUCAGGCCAUCUCACAGAACAAGGAUUCCUGAGGAUAUACAAGCUGUUCUUCCCUCAAGGCGACCCUUCCAAAUUCACGUCGCUUAUAUUUAGGGUAUUCGAUGAAAAUAAGGAUGGAGCCAUCGAGUUCGAAGAGUUCAUCCGGGCACUGUCAGUGACGUCACGAGGCAACGUUGAAGAGAAGUUAGAUUGGGCAUUCAGGCUGUACGACGUUGAUAGCGACGGGUACAUCACACGGGAAGAAAUGUACAACAUUGUUGACGCCAUCUACCAGAUGCUGGGAAAUCAAGCGAAAGACAACAGCGAAGAAACACCUCGGGAGAGGGUGGACAAGAUAUUCGAGCAACUGGAUAAGAACCAUGACAAUCAGCUGACCUUGGACGAAUUCAAGGAGGGGUCCAAACACGAUCCAAAAAUCGUCCAGGCCUUGUCUCUGUAUUCGGCCUGAACCUCCAUCAUGAUGGCCGAAGGUUUCCACAUGUCAAGGCGGCAAAGGAGCAAUACCCACGCAUAACAGCAACAACGCUUUAUUAUUCAAUCCCGUCGAUACACCUGCGGUCAUUAAGCAAGCGUCCCUCCAGAGUGCACAGUCGCUCAGUUACUCGGCAGAGCGAUUGACGUCAUUUUCUUGCGUCACAUGACUUGACGUCACAUUAACUUGCUCAUCCGACAACGUUUCUUACUGUGUCCUAUAGAUGCCUCCCUUGCCGGACUUUGUGUUUCUAGAUCUAUCUGAAACAUACAUGAACUCCUUUGUUUCUUCGUGAGCAACUCUGUCGGUAUUCUGAAGUGAAGCUUCCUUAGUGACUCGGCGCACAUCACAUCACAUCUGUAUUCGACAUUCUGACUGUUAACGCACAUUCAGAGCCAGUUCUACUCAUAGAAAAGCCGUACAGAUUUUCACGAGGGACCAGGCACGUAAGCUACCACUAAAUGGCAGAGUAUUCGUGAAAAAUGGUGAAAUUUCGUGCGACGCUUUCUAAACGAACAUUGUUUAUUUUCGAAGAUAACAGGAUAUUCACGGCACCUUCUCGAACGCUAUCAUGAUUGGCGAACGUGCACCACGUGGUAUCUCGUAGACAGGUAACGAGAGCCAGUAGCAUUCUAUAGCCGAAGACACACUCAACACUAUCUUUUAUUGCUGUUUUCCUUUUAAUUACUCAUUUGUGAGAGUUGCACAAGAGCCCUACCCCAAGAGCUAUGCAGCGCGUUCAAAUAAGUUUAAUUAAUACGAUUAAUAAGUUUAAUUCACGAGUACUGGAGUAGCCUGGACCGACUUUGUUGGGUCUCACAUCUCCAUAUUUUUUUUAUAUCUCAAUAAAUCAAUUAAGUUUAAUACGGUUGCUAGUUUACCACGUUCAAUUAAGAAUAGGUAGCUAGUAAGCGAACAUUGAAAGAAGGCUGAAAAGAAAGUGAACGUGAAGAAUGAGUUAUGAGUUAACAUACUUGUAAAUAUAAGAACGGGGGCUUGUGGCAAUGUCGUUUUAAAUGUAUUUACAAAAUUUACAAAUUUAGAAUUUUAUUUUUAAGCUGAUAAGGAAACAGUUGCGAAUACUGUACGUUCCGUCCGCCUCAGCGACUUGGAUACUAGAUACUGGAUACUAGAUACUUGGUGCUAGAUACUUUCCCGGCUGUAUUACAAUUUGCAUUAUGUUACACUUUUUGUGCGCCAGGUAAUGUAAUACAAAAAACUAAGAACCAGAAAAAAGGGUGCACGUCCAACAAGAACUCUAGGAUCGGACCAAAUAAAUCGUACACAAACGGCACCGCAAACUGGUCGAAACAAUUUUUGACGUGAGGCAGUUAUAACACAAUCAUAAAAUUAUUUACAUCUUUUUUUUUUUUUUCAACCACUGUCACGCUGGAUAAUGGGCACAGAAACACUACGCGAACAAUCACGGGCGAGAUAUGCAUUUACAAUCAUCUGAUCCCGUGCUACUUUGUCUGCGAUAGCUUAGUUUUAGAUGUACAACAAGAAUCAAAUCCAUCUGUACAUAUGUUCAUGGCAUGGCCAGACAUUUAUGUCACACGGUAGCGAGGAAAAGAUAAGAAGAUGACAGCUAGCGGACAGAAGGACAUUGUGACCGCCGUAAGAGGACUCUGCUAUCAAUGGCAGCAAUUUUUAUAUUGCGAAAAGUAUCUCUUAGGAAGAGUUUGUCAGAUCCCCUUGUAGCGCCUCCCGCGAUGGGAAGCGCUCUAAUCAAGCUUGUUCAAAAUCGUGAAAGGAUGAAUGAACAGUGCCACCGUACAAGAAAGCCAACGGGACACAAGCUUGAUAAACGUUUCUAAUUUUAGAUUACGUGCCACACACACCAUUGAUUUUGUACCGGAAUAGCAAUUGCCGUUACUGUAAUUUGUACCGAAAUUACGUCCCGUACGUAGACACACGUAGCGAUCUAUCGCAGCAAUGUUCCUUGGAAUACUGUUAAUAAGAUUUCCCGCGUUCGUGGUACGAACGUGCGGCUAGGUCAGGGCGAGAAAGCUUAGUUAGAUGCUUCGCAAAGUAGCGUCUUAGCAGAAGUGAUAACCACAGCGUGUGCACUGUCAUAGUUUUAGUUAUUGCCCUUCUAGUUGGAAAACACGUGCUGAACAGACCGAUUGAUUGAUUGGUUUUUAAAAGAAAAAAUGGAGACGGUACAGACUGUAUGAAGCAAGUAUGGAUAACUAUUGGUGAUAACGAUGAAAAGACAAGUUGAAAGACAAGUGAAAUGUUUUCAAUCUCAGUGUUUCUUAACGAUGGUUGUACGCAAUAAAGUCAUAAAACCCACUC